AUGGCUGCACUUCCUCCACCCAAUCCCAAUCCUAACCCCAACCCCAGGCCUAAUCCUAGGCUAAUGAAAGACUUUGGUAGGCCCCAAGUAGGAACUUCACCAUCUUGUAUAGUGCUUACCAAUGCAGGGCGAAAUUAUGAGUUAAAGACGGUUCAUUACAAUCAAUUGCCGUCUUUUCAUGGUUCAGGAACCGAGGAUGCCCUCACCUUCAUUAGGGAUUUUUACGGGGUAGUCCAAAACUUUCCGUUGAAUGACGAUGAAUUGAGAAUGAGGUGUUUCCCUUACACCUUGAAAGAUGCAGCAAAGACAUGGUUCAUGUCUCUCACACCAGGGUCCCUUCGGACAUGGCCGGAGGUGUACAACAAAUUCAUAGGUAAAUUCUAUUCACAUGCCAAGACUUCCGAAUUAAGAAGAAAAAUUGCGACUUUUUCGCAAGCUGAAGGCGAACCAUUUCAUGAGGCAUGGGAAAGGUUUAAAAUGUUGCUCAUUAAAUGCCCCCACCAUGGCUACCCGUUGGAGCUGCAAAAUCAAACAUUCUAUGAUGGUUUGACCCAAACCAACCAAUCAAUAGUUGAUAAUGCGGCUGGAGGUGCCAUGGCAGAAAAAACAGCGGAGGAGACCUUAGCGUUGUAUGAAAUGCUAGGAGCAAACUCCCAACAAAAGAGCAUAAGGGGACGGACACCAGGAAUGUAUGAAGUUAGCUCAAAUUCUAAUUUGACGGCGUAUAUGUCUGAGUUAACAAAACAAAUGACAAGCAUGUGUUCUAUGAUGAGUAUGAACCUAAAGAAUGCAUGUAUGAUUGAAGAAACUGACAAUGUUGAGCAGGUCAAUGCAAUGAACAAUUUUAAUCAAAGGCCAAGAAAUGACCCGUAUUCCAAUUCUUAUAAUCCGGGGUGGAAGAAUCACCCUAAUUUUUCAUGGGGUAGUAAUCAAAAUUAUCAAUCAACUGAUCCACCUCAACCAAAAAGACCAUCUUUGGAGGAUUCAUUGAAUACUUUGGUACAAGCUUGCAAUAGACAGCAGGAAAUAACGGAGCAGCAAUUCAAGAUGCAACAAGAAGCAAGUGAACGACGAUUUCAACAAAAUGAAGCUUCAAUGAAAAAAUUGGAAGCACAAAUAGGGCAAAUCGCCGAAGCUCUACAAGGCCAUGUGCCAGGUAAGUUGCCCAGCCAACCUGAACAAGCUAAGGUUUUGACCGUUUUAAGAAGUGGUAAAGUUAUUGAAAAUAAUGUGAAAGCAAGUACCACUUCUAAACAAACUGAAAUAGUUGAAAACUUGAAUGUUGAUGAUGAUAUUAAUAAUGAUAAACCCAAGUUGCAUAAAUCUGAUGAUCCUUAUGUGCCCCCUAAGCCUUAUGUUCCCCCGGUUCCAUUCCCCGGUAGAUUAAGGAAUUCAAAAUUUGAUAAAUCAUUUUCUGACAUUUAUGAUUUGUUGUCAAAAGUGAAUGUGAAUUUACCAUUGUUAGACAUGAUUAAAAAUAUGCCUGCUUAUGCUAAGUUUUUAAAAGAAUUGAACACUAGAAAGCGUAGAUAUGAACAUAAUGAAAAAGUUUUCAUGUCUAAAACUGUAAGUGCUGUUUUGCAAAUUAACUUGCCUCCAAAAUUAGAAGACCCUGGUAGUUUCAUAAUAAAUAUUACAGUGGGGAAUUCUAAGCAAGAAAAGGCUAUGCUUGAUUUAGGGGCAAGCAUUAACUUGAUGCCAUAUUUUGUCUACUUGCAGUUAGGUCUGGAUAAAUUGAAACCUACUACAAUGUCCUUAGAGCUUGCUGAUCGUUCUGUCAGAUAUCCUAGAGGCAUUGUAGAAGAUGUUUUAGUCCAAGUUGACAAAUUAAUAAUUCCUGCUGACUUUGUCCUAUUAGACAUAAAUAAAAAGUAUAAUUAUGAGCAGGACAUGCCUAUCUUGCUUGGCCGACCUUUCAUGGCCACAACAAAAACAAUGAUUGAUGUUCAAAAUGGAAAAUUAACCAUGACUGUGCUUGAUGAAACUAUUGAAUUCUCCAUUCUUAAAUCAAUGAAACUGCCUGAAAACAAUAAUAAUCAUUGUUUUGCUGUAGAUGUUUUAGAUUCAAUAAUUUCUGCUAAGUUUUUAGAUCAAUAUCCGUUGAAGGUCGAGGUUGAUGACGUGGAACACGACGAAAGCCCAAUAAAAGAGGGGAGUGUUGAAGGAGGUUCAGUUACAUGUCUGGAGCAAAUCAAGGGAAAACACCAUCCUUCAAUCGAAGCUGAAAUUCCACCCACGCUGGAGCUAAAACCUCUUCCUAGUUCUUUAAAAUAUGCUUUCUUAGGUCCAAAUAAUACUUAUCCUGUAAUAAUUGCCUCUGACAUUUCACUUGAACAAGAACAAAGUCUGCUAGACGUAUUACAAAAGUAUAAAAGUGCAAUUGGUUGGACAGUAGGAGAUAUUAAAGGAAUAAGUCCAACGGUUUGUAUGCACCGUAUCCUUCUUGAAGAAGGGUCAACUCCUGUCUGUCAACCUCAGCGCAGGUUAAAUCCAAAUAUGAAGGAGGUUGUACGGGCAGAAGUCCUAAAGUUGCUGGACUCAGGACAGUAA